CCCAACCUUGCCCCUCGUCAUAGUGCAGUGCAUUGUGUCGGACAGCACAUAUCAUUCACUGCGCACUGCGCACUGCAGACCGAAACAUGUUGGAUACAUUCGAGAUACUCACAACUUCGGGCGUUGUCCUCUGGUCACGCACCUACGCCCCCAUCGGGCCAAAUAUUAUUAACAGCCUCAUCCGCGAUGUCUUUAUCGAGGAGCGCAUACCACCGCAGUCAGAAGACACAGGCCAGAAACCAACGUACAGGAAAGAGGGGUACACAUUGAAGUGGACGACGGCGAAGGACUUGGGCUUAAUCUUUGUGGCUGUAUACCAAUCUCUGGUCCACUUGACGUGGAUAGAUAAGCUCCUCGACAAUGUGCGUGCACUCUUCACGGGAUUGUUUGGCGAGGAGUUGAGGAAGGAACAUAGCAGCCUGGUGGACUGCGACAAAUUUGGUCCGUACUUUGACAGGCAGAUUCAAGAGCUGGAGAGGACGAGCGAUGGGUCGGCCUCUGCGCCCAAUGUCAAGCUUACCCCCCCUUCCAGUUCGAAUGACAGUGCGGGAGAAGAACCCCCUUUGCUGCCGGCCUUACAGAAGCCGCAGAGACCGCUGUAUGAUACCUCAGCUGAUUCUACCCCGGUUCCUACUCCAGACACUUCGCGGCCUACAACCCCAGCACAGAGCCACUUGGUAACAGCGAAAGCGCGACCAGGUGGAAAGCUCUCUCGAAGAGACAGGAAGAAGGCUACAGCGGUAUCGUCGGCCCCAGCAUCAUCUGGAGACGAGGCAAGCACAAAGCGCAAGGCCAGUGGCAAAAGCGCUGCAAAGAAGAACAGGACAUGGGGCGAGUUCGGUGCAGAAGAGGACGAUCCAUCCAUGGUCCUUGACUACUCUCAAGCUGACGCCCGCGACUCAACCUCCGAAACUGAGACGCUGGAAGAAAUCAAGCCUGAGACAUGGGGACGGAAGACGGGCAAGGGCCAGUUUGUGUUGAAGGACUUGGACGAGGAGAUGGACGCUAUAAUAGCGGGGCAGAAUGCGGAGAGGCAAAGCUCUGUCGGUUCAAGUGGGAUUGUUGGAUCCAGUCUCGGAGCCAUAGGUGGCUUGUUCAGGAACGUCGUGGGUGGGAAGACGUUGACAAAGGAGGAUCUUGCGAAACCGCUAAGGGGGAUGGAAGAACACCUCCUGAAGAAGAAUGUUGCAAGAGAAGCCGCAGUACGAUUAUGCGAGGGCGUAGAACGAGAUCUCGUUGGCCUCAAGACAGGCAGCUUUACAACAAUCGAAUCUACAAUCCGCACCUCCAUGGAAAAAGCCCUUACAAAAAUCCUCACACCAACCUCCUCCCUCGACCUCCUCCGUGAAAUCCAAACAGUCAACUCUAGCGGCCGACCCUACGUCCUCUCCAUCGUGGGCGUCAACGGCGUCGGUAAAUCGACCAACCUCUCCAAAAUUGCCUUCUUCCUCCUCCAAAACCACCACCGCGUACUCAUCGCCGCCGCCGACACUUUCCGCUCCGGCGCCGUCGAGCAACUCCGCGUCCACGUCAAAAAUCUAAAGGAACUUAGCAAGCGCGAAGGGGGCGAAGUCGAUAUCUUUGAAAAAGGCUACGGCAAAGACGCUGCUAACAUCGCUGCCGACGCCGUAACCUUCGCAUCUAAAAACUCAUUCAACGUCGUGUUAAUCGAUACAGCAGGCCGUCGCCACAACGACCAACGGCUCAUGUCCUCCCUCGAGAAAUUCGGGAAACUCGCUAACCCGGAUAAAAUCCUGAUGGUGGGUGAAGCGCUGGUGGGAUCGGAUUCUGUGGCCCAGGCGCGCAAUUUCAACAAUUCGUUCGGCCCGGGGAGGGGAUUGGAUGGGUUUGUUAUCUCCAAGUGUGACACGGUGGGGGAUAUGGUGGGUACGUUGGUUAGUAUGGUGCAUGCAACGGGGAUUCCCGUGGUGUUUUUGGGGGUCGGGCAGCAUUAUGCGGAUUUGAGAGGACUGAAUGUGGGGAGUGUUUGUCGGUUGUUGAUGAGUUGAGUUGGUGGCUAGGCUCGGUUUGAACGGUCUAGGAUAUUGCACUGACUGACGGUGUAUAUUUUUGAGGUAAUUGAUGGGCGAUGCAACCCGCCCUUGUAAUGAUUGACUUCCUGUAAGGAUGAACUUUGGCUCCUAGGUAGUGUGUAUAUACAAGUGAUGCUUGCUGUGGGCUCGAAAACCCCUAGAGCAGCUGUC